GCUUGUUCGAUACAUCCACUAUGUAUUCUGGCAGGCGCGGCAAAUAGCCAGUACGACCUUCGUGGAUGGACAUAGCUUUCUGGAUAGGCUUGCGGGCACUUCGGGUAGCCUGAGUUGGAGAGACAGAAUAAUUCCGGUCGACUUGCCAAAACCGUCACAUGGCAGCUGACGCCGGUCGCGAAGAGGGAUACGAAAUUCCUAUCCGGCUUCAAUCUCACACAGAAUGUCUUGAGAAGCUGUUCUUGCCAGGCAGUCGUGCUACUCCAUUUACGAAUCAGGGCCAAGCUUGCGGCCAGCAGGGACAGGACGUCAACCCGCUGCCAGGACAGCAGCCUCGCCUCUUUCCCCCGACCGUGCAGACGCUGCGUAGCCAGCUGACACAGCUGCAGCAGCAGAGGCGUGCGAAGCAGCGGCAGCAGAUCACACUGGAUGCGAAUCCUGUCCGCUUUGACGUGCCACGGGUGGUUCAGGAGCAGCUGCAGGGGAGCAGUGCGGACGCCCACAGGACCCUUCAGCUCGUUGGCGGCAGCGCUUUGCCUGCAAAUGUGGCCUCCACUCUUUGUCGCCGGGAUCGGGGCGGUGGUGUGCUGGUGCCCCUCAGGAUGUUGGCCUCCCUGGUGAUCACUGAUGGCGCCGCUGGAGCUCCUCUGGACGCCGGUGAGGCUGGCCAGGCAGCCGAAGCCGCAGCAGCUGCUGCACAGCCCCGCCAGCAGCAGGAGCAGCAGGAGCGUGAAGCUGGCGUCCUGGAGCAGGACGAGCAGCGGCACCCACAGGCCCAGCGGCCUCGGGCACAAUCGCUGCCAAGUAUUGGGCGCACCAGAAGCGGCGAUUCGGUGUCGGUGCCGCAUCAGCAGCCACCCGUGGGCGAGGGGCCUCACCAGCAGCAGCAGCAGCAGAUCCCCCCGCAGAACCACCCUCCCGAGCCCCAGGCUGUAGCCGCUGGGUCCCUCCAGCAGGGGGCCGCUCCAGGUGCGGCUCCCGCUGACCAGAUAGAACACCAGAUGGACGCCACCGCAGCCGGCUUGGAGGGGCAAGCGCCCGAGGAUGGGGCCGUACGGCAGCCCAUCGGGGCAAACAACACAGCGGGCUCCCAGCAGCCGCAGGGGGGCCAUGCACCCCCGCAAGCCUUGGCUCCCAGCCUGCACCGCAUGUCUAAUCCCUCACCCGCAGGCAGCCGCAGCCCACUAGCUUCCGCGCCGCUGUCAGCCGAGCACACCUUCCUUGACUCGUCGCAGCGGUAUGAGCGCGAGGAGCAGCCGCCUGAGCUGUAUCAACCUGAGCAGCAGCAGAGUCCAUUGGUUGAGGACUUUGGCGAGAACGCGGGCACAGCUGCCACCGCAGGUAACACGGUACCAGACGAUGAUGAAGGAGACGGGGCCAUGCUUAUUGAUAUGGGUUCGUCCGACCGUACCCCGGAGGGUGCGCUGCUUCCGACCCCGGAGCGGCCGCGAGGAGCGGUUGCCGCCAGCGGUUGGGACGAGCUGCGGGGCCUGGGCAUGCCUGCAGACAACGAACUGGCAGGCGGCGGCAGUGCUGGUGGUGGCGUUGCAGGGGCGCUGGCACUGCUGUCCCCACCUCCGCUAGACACUGCAGCGAUUACGGACACGGACAUCAGUCCAGACAUGGCCGCACCGGGGCAGCUGCCAUCCCCGCAGCAACCGCAGGAGCUGUUGGAUGAUGUGAUGGGCGAGGCUGAGCAGCCGGGUGCUGGUGGGGCAGCGGCUGAGGUUGGGGCUGGGGCGGCGGUGGAGAGCAACCGACUGGAGUCCCGGCAAGCGGCGGCAGGGCUGGGUGAGGGAGCUGGCGUGGAUGUGGCUGCGGACGAGGGCUUUGACGCGGAUGAUGAGGGUGAAGCGGCACGACGUGAGGAACGUGCACGCGCUCCGACCCGUGCGGGAGCCCGAGGCCGCCACCUGCCUGGUCUCUCCUCCGAGCUUCCCUGGCACGGCACCCCGCUGGCGGCGCACGCCAUGAGCGACCUCAUACCCGGAGCCGCAGUCGCCACGUCCGGUCCCUCGCUGACCCUGCAUCCGCUGCCAACCUCAGCGCCUCGCCCGCAUGGCCCGCAUGGCCCGGAGCUCGAUCCUGUCUUGGUGGAGCUGCUGAAGCUCAAAUGCGCGUUGCGGCGGGCCGUACAGGGUCAAGACACGCACGCCAUGGGGCUCAUUCUGUCGCUGCUGGCGGCGCUGCCGGCCUCGCCGCAGCUGCUGGCACACAGCCAGAUCGUUGCGCUGGUAGCGCCGCUGAAGCAGCACGCAAACGAGCAAGUGGCGGCUGCGGCGCGGCAUCUGCUGUCUUUCUGGAAGACAUCCCUCAAGCUAGCUGCGAAGAGGGCUGCAUACAGCGCUGCUCCUUCCCAGGGCAUCCCACAGGGCGGCGCUGGCAGGUCAGCUGCGGCAGGGGCGGCCGCUGCUGCCACCUCGCGUGACGCCGCUGGUGUCCCUCAGCCUCAACCCCAGCCCCGCAGCGGCCUGGCUCAAGGUCGACAUGCGCCAGGCUGGCUUGCUGUGUCGCGGUCGGGGCAGGACGUGGCAUCACUGGGGCGCGAGGAGGCCCAGGACUCCGAUGUCGCCAUGAGGGAUCAGGCGGAUCAACAGCAGCAGGAGAAGGAGCAUCAGCAGUGCGCAGGGCUGGAUGAGCGUUGCCUUGCACUUGGCCAAGCAGACGAUAUGGCAGAAGACUUGCUUAUUGAGACGGGCGGCUCACAGCCAGCGUGCCAACUGGUUUCCCCGCGGCUCCCGCCGAUGGCGCUGCAGCCCAGUCCUGGCGGGCAGCUGCCCCUUGUGGGUCUUGGAACAAGCGGAACCGGGCUUGGAGGCGACAGCGGUUCCACUCGUGUGUGCUCCGGCUGCUCUCCGUCAGACUCGCGAACCGUGACGGACGUGGAAGUUGACGUCCGCAGUAGCGACGAGGAAGCGGCCGACGAGGGACUUGCAGCCGCUGAAAGUGCUCUAGCUGCUGGUGGCAUUAUCACAGACGCCGGCUUGCUGUGCGAAAGGGGGCACGGCCGCAGCACGCCGGGGGCCGCAACGUCUUGCUUGCCCCUGCGCAACCCCUCGGUUGCGGUGACAGGGCCUGCGACAGCAAACUUUCCCCUCCUGUCCCACGUACAACCGAACUUGCAUGGAGCCGAUACCGGUGGAUUUUGCAUGGUACCGGUCACGGCCCUGGCCCCAGCAGUGUCGCUGCCACAGCCGGUUCCGCGCGCGCCCCUGCCAGCGACCCCGAGGGAACUCACCGCAGCUCGGACAGCAGCAGCUGUCACCGCAGGAGCUCCGGCCUGUCCGCCUGGGAGGCCAGCUCCGAGCAGCAUUCAGGGAACAGGUGGAGGCGGAGGCGCGGGCGGGCGUAACGUGUGCAGUGGCGGCGUCCUGCCGACGCCGUCCUGGAAGACCUCAGCCUGCACGCUGCCACGGCAUCCGCACCCAGAAGCCGGUGCAGGGUUGCAGGCGGCAGCUGCGCCCUUGGGGUCUGCUGCGGUGACGACAGCGCCGUUGGUGCUGGCGCAGCCCACUCGGCAGCCCCCAGCAGGGCGUAAACGCAAACUGGAGCGGCAGGUCUCCCGUCGGCGUUGCGGCAGCACUGGCAGGCGCGCAUGCCCCGUCCUAAGUACCGGACAAACACCAGACACACCAGGUGCUCUUUGCUGCGGUGAGCAGGCGUCAACCCCAGUACAUGGCUCCGCCGCCGCUCAUAGGGCGCCCGGCCGCGCCAGCUUGGUGGGCCUGCAUGCGCCCCUCAACAAGCGGCAGAGGUACCUCUCAGGAGGGCCGGCGGGCGCGCACGGCACGGCGGCGCAGUUACGGAAGGUGUCACACUUGCUCGGCAGUCUCGACUUGGGCAGCGGCUGCGAGGCGGGCAACGAGGCAUGGGAUGAGGAGGCGCUGGAGGCAAUGGAGGGAGACGUGGAGGCUGAUGCCGACUUGGGCAGCCAGGACGAGGCGGCGAUGCUGACGUCAGAGGACGACACGCAGCCGCUUAGCGCUGACGCUGGCGCCAGCGUGCCGGCGGCAAACGCAGGCGGUGGUGGGAAUCGCUUCGGCAUUCGGGAGGGUGCGGGGCCCGCAGUCCUGCCCCUGACAUCUCCAGGAGGAGGUGCAUUGCAUGGAAGCCUUGGCAGCAACAUGGACAACCAGGACCAGGCCAGAGGGCCCGCUGCUGAGGAGUUGCUGUUUACCGCUAGCCCUAGAGCAGGGGCGCAGGACUGGGGUCUGGUGUCUGGUCACGGCGGAGGGGUUACUGACCGCGGUCCUGAGCUUGCUGCUGCAUUGGAGGGCCAGCAACCUGGUCCGAGCAGCCCGCGGCAAUCCACGGCGUUGAGACGCGCUUACCUUGCACUGCAUGGCGACGACGGCAAUGGCACCAACAUCGGCGCUGAAGCAGAGGCGGCAGCUGGGCAAGCCGUCGCGCAGAUGGUGCCUUCCGUGGCUAAUUGACCGUCCAGGAGAAUCCUGCAUGUGUGCUGCGAAGCAGCUCUGUACAAAGGCGGCAGGUGGUUGGCUUACUGUAUUUCAUUCUAUUCUCUCCGUUUUAGCGUGCCUUCGGCUUGUUGGCUAGUGAUGUGACUUGCGUAUCUGCAGCGCUUGAC